AUGUCCAAAUUCCCAGAAGUGCAAGGCGGGGGCUCAUUGAUACUCGCCUGGCAGAUCAAAGACAAGCAUGUGCUAGUUGUAGGAGGUGGAGAGGUUGCCGCGGGGCGCAUCCUGCACACUCUCAACGCCGAUGCCCGCGUCACUGUCGUCUGUCCAGCUGCAGGACUAAACGACGAAGUGGCCUUUAGAGUCGCCCAAAAGCAGGUAACACACAUAGACCGGAAUUUUGAGCCAUCCGACCUCGACAAUGUGGACAUGGUACUCUGCGCCAUUGAUGACCCGGAAGCAUCAACUCGGGUCUGGAAGCUGUGCAAGGAGAGACGCAUCACAGCAAACAUCGCCGAUGUCCCACCCGAAUGUGAUUUCUACUUUGGGAGUGUUCACCGUGAUGGGCCAUUGCAAGUCAUGGUUAGCACGAAUGGGAACGGACCGAAGUUGGCCAGUAUCGUGCGCAAGAAGAUCGCCGAGACUCUGCCAGCAAAUAUGGGUGCAGCCAUUGAGAAUGUGGGGAAGCUACGGAAAAAGCUACGGGAGGUUGCGCCCAACCCAGAGCAAGGCCCGAAAAGAAUGAAGUGGAUGUCUGGAGUCUGUGAAUCAUGGAGCCUCGACGAACUUGUACAGAUGACGGAAAAGGAUAUGGACGGCGUGUUGUCCUUUUACGAGUCGGGUAAGAUCCCGACCCUGCAAGAAGUACAGAAAUAA